AUGGUUCUCUAUUUUUCCAAACCUCCCGUCCUUACCAGACUUCUCGCCUUCCUACUCCUCACAUCUUACACAUCCUGGCCCACCGGUGCACUUAACCCCUCCUGCGCUCCAGGGGGGAACUUCGACCUUUCCCCCUGGGAGCUGCAGCUUCCAAUCGGUUCUACUGGUUCCCCGGAGACAAUAUCGAGCGCAUCCCUUCAAGGGUGCUCCGGCUGGGAGAACUUCGAUUAUUUCUUCACCGAAAGUGGAGAUGGUGCGCUUGUCAUGAAGGUUCCUGGCUCUCCCGCCUCCGCCGGCUGUGUGACUACUCCCAAUUCACUUCACUGUCGCACCGAGUUGCGCGAGGUUGAUCCAUCGACCGGCGCUGCAGCGAGUUGGAGUCCUAACGCUGCUACGAAUCGGUUGAUCGUCGAGCUUGUUGUUACCGUAGCCGACAAUAGUGCGCGCGGGACAGUCAUUGGACAAAUACACAUCGAUGACUCGAUUUCGUCCAAGCCCGUAUGUGAGUUGUACUACAACUCCAAUGGCGAUAUCUCGAUCGGGGUGGAACAAACACGGAGUGGAGGAGAUGAAGUUUUCACAUCCCUUGGAAAUAUUCCAAUUGGGACUGUGUUUACCUAUGAAUUGGAGUACUACACAGGACUGUUGAAGGUUGCCAUAAAUGGGAACUUCCAAACUCUGGAUACUUACGAAUUGGAUGCGCCGAACAGCUAUUUCAAGGUUGGGAAUUAUAAUCAGGGUUCCAGUGCGUCAGAUGUUCAUGUCUUCUCCAUUUAUCUCGAGCAUUAG